UUGAGCGAGUGCGGUUGAUUGCGGCGGAUGAAACACGUGUUUUGCUUUCUAAUAAAAAAAAAAAAAAUUGGGGGCCCAAAAGUAGUGAAGCAACAAUUUAUUUGAGUAAAUUCAAGCGGAAAAUGGAUAAUUAAGUAAUUACAAAUUUGUGUGUUUGUCGUUUAUUAUCGUUUUUAAAGUGUUUUAAUCAGUUUUGAACUGUAAAGAAAAAGUGAAAGCAAAGCAAAAGCGCCGCUGUAUUUAUGAAUUGAUUUUUUCUAUUGCGGAUGUGAUCGUGAAAAAAGUGUGUACGUACAAUACGUGUUUGUGUGUUUUCACAGCAAAUUUUUCUGUGCUGCAAUUUGUGCCGUCGUUUCUUGCUUUUUUUAAAUUAAUUUGAUUGGUGCUAAUAAAAUUGUAGCCGACUAAUUAUUUGAACGCUCCCACGAUAAUUUAAGUUGUACUACUAAAUGGAAUCAUUAGGAAUGACCGACCAGCAGCAGUCAAAUAUGGAUUCGGUAAGCGCAAAUUAUGAGGAGAUGCAGCAGAACGAGAUAACCGCAGUUCCACGCUAUGGACUCAAGCUGAAAUUUGACCACGUUUGGCCAGAGAAACGCAAUCAGAAUUUGCGACCAUCGCUGAAGCAAACUUUGCCGCUCGUUCCAUUGGCAUGCAGGUAUUCCGUUUACUAUUGGAAGGUGUCGCGUGAGAAUCGUCGCUGCUAUAUGGACUAUUACUAUAUGGAGAAUGGCAAACAAAUGUAUGGUGUCCCUUUGGGUGGUAUUGGCGGCGGUACCAUCGGCCGUGGAUUUGCCGGUGAAUUUUGUCGGUUUCAAAUGCGUCCUGGCAUGUACGAGUACAACGUGGUGCAGGCGAAUCAAUUUAUUGUGACAAUCAAAGAUGCCAAGGGUUGUACGAUAUUUCAAAGUUUACUUUCGAGAAGUAGCUCCCUCGACAGCAUCAACUCUCAAUGUACAAGUAAUAUGCCCAAUUGCAGCAGUCGUUCCAAGCAACCGCUAAAUGCCUGGCACUCCAACAUCGACGACACGAAAUGCUCAUACACAGGUCUCUAUCCGCGCGCCUGGACCGAAUAUGAUCUCACUGCGUACGGCGUGCGACUGAUUUGUCGUCAGAUUUCGCCCGUCAUACCGCACGACUACAAAGAUUCAUGCCUGCCAUGCGCCGUCUUCGUGUGGUCUGUGGAGAAUGUGUGCGCGGAGGAGCGUAAGGUAUCCAUUACAUUCACCUUCAAGAAUGGUACCGGCACCAAGAAGCAGGAUGCCGAGGGCGGCGCUGAGGCGGUGCUCAUAUCGCAGGGCAAUGUGAAGGGCGUAGGCAUACGACAGAAGAUCGCUGGCAUGCCAUGCACCUAUAAUUUGGGUUGUCGCGUAUUGCCCGAAAUCAGUAUUACACGCUGCACGCAGUUCGAUCCGAGCGGCACGGGAGAGCAGCUAUGGUCCGAUUUGAAGGAGAACGGACAUCUUAGUGAGAAGCAUUGCGAUGAGGCGUUGAAAACCAAGGAUCUCGGUGUUGCUUUAUGCGCACAAGUUGCAGUCAAACCAAAUUCUAGUCAUGAUUUGGAGUUCGUAUUAGUUUGGGAUAUGCCACACAUACAUUUCCCAAAGAAGCACAAAAACUAUACGCGUUACUACACAAAAUAUUUUGAUGCGUCUGGCGAAGCUGGUCCAAAGAUAUGCGAGUAUGCAUUGAAGCACUAUGGCAGCUGGGAGAAAUUGAUUGAUGCUUGGCAGCGUCCUAUACUUAAUGAUGAUGGACUGCCCGACUGGUACAAAUGCGCCAUAUUUAAUCAACUCUAUUAUAUUUCGGAUGGCGGUACAAUUUGGCUUACUUGUGAUUCCUCAUUCGGCAAGGAAUUGAACUAUGAUGACCCCAGGUUGGCUUACGGCCGCUUUGGCUAUUUAGAGGGCCACGAGUACCGCAUGUAUAAUACUUACGAUGUACAUUUUUAUGCUUCGUCAACGCUCUCCCACCUCUGGCCCAAUCUACAGGUGAGCCUACAAUAUGACAUACGCGACGCCAUUGAAGUUGAAUUGCCCGACACGCGUAAAAUGCUUUACGAUGGAAAAAUUCUACCACGCCAUAUUAAAAAUUGUGUACCCCAUGAUCUCGGCGAUCCUGAUGAGGAGCCAUUCACACUCAUUAACUGUUACAAUAUACAUGAUGUGAAUCAUUGGAAGGAUUUGAAUACGAAAUUUAUAUUGCAAGUCUAUCGCGACUAUUAUGUACUGAACGAAUUGGCGCAAGCACAGGCGGAUAAUGCUAGCAAAUUCAGCUCGAUUGAGUUCAUCGAUAAGGAUAGUCUGUAUGAAAUAUAUACGCAGGAUAAUAAGCGCAAGAAUUCGGCGGACGAGAAGCAGCAAAAUCGCAAAUCCGCAUCGUUGUACAUCAAUGAAACGAACGGCAAAGUUUAUCUUAUGGAUGCCAUGGCUUACUUGAAGGCAAUGUAUCCAGCAUGUAAAACAAUUAUGGAGCGUACCAUAGAAUAUGACACAGAUAAUGAUGGACUAAUUGAGAAUACGAAAUCGCCAGAUCAAACGUACGAUACCUGGGUAAUGGAUGGACCUAGCGCCUACUGUGCAGGCCUAUGGCUCGCUGCCUUGCAAACCAUGUCGGUAAUGGCUACGCUGCUGGAUCAGCCCAACGAUUGCCUUCGUUUUCAGGAUAUAUUGGAGAAAGGCAAGCGUUCUUUGGAAGAAAAACUAUGGAAUGGCAGUUAUUACCGUUUCGAUAUGCACAACAAGGACACUAUAAUGGCCGAUCAAUUGUGUGGACAUUGGUAUCUGAAAACAUGUGGAUUCGAUUAUGAAGUCUAUUCAAAGGAGAAUGUACGUGCAGCUUUAAAAGAAAUCUACAAAAAUAAUGUUAUGGGUUUCUACGGCGGCAAUAUUGGUGCAGUCAACGGUUUCAUUGCUAAUUCGGAUCCUGAAAAACCAGGCCACGCCGAUUACACCACUUUACAAAGCGAGGAGGUAUGGCCAGGUGUUACUUUUGCUUUAGCCGCCACUAUGAUACAAGAGGGCAUGUUUGAUGAGGGCUUCCAAACCGCUGGUGGACUCUACAAAACGCUGAGUGAGAGAAUUGGUAUGAAUUUCGAGACGCCAGAAGCGUUAUAUGGUGAAAAGCACUAUCGAUCAAUUGGUUAUAUGAGACCGCUAAGCAUUUGGUCCAUGCAAGUGGCUUGGGAGAGAAGAAAAGCGCUACGUGACUAAAGAAGAGACGACAAAGCAAUUUCAUCCGUUUUAAAUAUAAUGACAUGUUUACAGUUUGAAAGCAUUUUCAGCGUGCAGCUAAUACAGCUGAUAUGAAAACUAAAAGACACAGCAUUAAAGGCAAAAGAAAAUGGUUUUUUUUUCACCAUGUCUCACGGCUCAUAUAACACAAAAUUCAGUGCAAAAAUGUAUGGAUGUAUUGCUACGAAAAAAAGUACAAGUUGUUAAGCUUACUAUAUUUGUAAAUGUCAUAAAUUUGAAAGCAUUUUGUAAAACGUUUUUAAUUUUAAGUGGAUAUUCCCAUUUUGAAAAUAAGCUUAGCUAAGACACGCUUACAAACCAAUGAUUAAGAAAUGAUCUAUGUAACUAGUUGUAGUUGUGAGAGCACAAGAUUUGAUAUUUUUACAGAUGCGAGCAAACUUUGAUUUUGCGAAAGUACAAAAAACGGGAAAUAAAGUCGAACCAAAUUUAAAAAUGCACUUGUUGAGAGCGAGCUUACGAUUAUUUCAUAGUAAAAUUAAUUGUAUGCUUAUAAAAUGUACUGCAUAUGAAUGCAUGUGUUAGGUGUAGCUAGGAUUGUUUGAGAAUCUAAGAGUAAGAAGGAGCUAGCAGCAAGAGCUUUUUGUGGAAUUGCAAUAUAGAUUUUAUUUCAUUCAAAAAAGACACUACUAUGUUUACAAGUUAAAUUUUUUUUAAGCAAAUCUGGGAAACAAAAUUUUAUGAAAGCUACAAAUGGAUGGCACUCCAUCAAAAGUCCUCAAAAUAUGAGGCAAAGACGUUAAUGCCGACUUCACAAUGAAAUGAACUAUUCAAAAUAGGUUCCUUCUGUGGAAGAGUAACUAUCAUUCAUUUGACUUAUAACCGCAGGAUCUAAAGAGAAAAUCAAGUACACUUUUUAGAUGUUUUAUCUUCAGAAUCAACAGUAUAAGUAUUCAGCAUGAGAUAACCAAUCUGUGUAUUAGUAUUAACAAUGAAAGGCAGUGCAAUAAAAUGAUGUGACUGUUUUUAAGAUGGAAAUGCUUGCGCCACUCUUCCGGCCCCAGAACGGGUAUUGCCAUUUUCUUUUAUUAGUUUUAUAUAACAUUUGGUCAACAAAUAAGUGUGUAAUUAAAAGGCUUUAAAUUUAGUUUAAUAAUAAAUUACUCAUUUAAAAAACACUGAAAGGGUAAAUGGCAAAAGCGUGUCUAAAACAAGAAACCUAUUAUUUGUAAAGUAUUAUUUCACAAGUCGGAAACUACCAUUUAGUUUAGUUCCUAUUUCUCUUUAUUUCGACUAUAAAAAUAAUUACUUAACUUUUUAGUUUAAAAAAAAAAUAUAUAUUUUUAAGCAUAUUAGCAUUUAGUUUAGCAUUAAAGCCAGCAAACAAAAAAGAAAACGGCAUUAUCGAAGCACAAAAACUCGUACUACUAGUAGUAAGUGCUAUCUGUUAAUUUUAUAUACAAAACAAAAUGCAUAUUUACCUUCAUACAUACAUACAUACAAAAUGUAUACUGUUGCCUUGUUCAAAACGCUAAUCUUCAAUCAUACACGAAUAUUAUAUGUAUUUAGGUGUGUAUCGGUAAUGAUGCUAAAAGGGGUUCUAAACCAAAAAAAGAUAUUUCAAUCGAGAAAUCAAGGCAAAAAUUAUUUACAAAUAUCUCCAAGAAAAAGUAUUUUUGAACGAAUAGUUGCAGCGAAAAAAGUUAUUUGUGUAUUUAAUCCGUGUAUUGAAAAAAUCGCAUAUUUAUGAUGUUAAAUAAAGAAAAAUAUGUAUUGAAAA